AUGUCGCGAAGCCGUGUAAAAAAUGUCGACUUUGAAGAUGACGACUACUAUGAUGAGGAUGGAUACGAAUCGGCGGAUCCCGAAGAACAAGAACACCUCCAGCGGUGCACUAAUGAAGUUUUGUCGCAGCUCCGCACAGGGCAGCCAUCUUUGACUGUCUCGAAAGAGGAAGUCCAAGAGGCAUUGUGGCAUUAUUAUAACGAUGUAGAGAAGUCUGUGAAUUAUUUAAGAGUGCCGGUAUAUCCAGUACCUAUAUCUCCUCCAUCUGCACACUUCUCAGCUGCCGAGUUCUUUCGCGAUUCUCCGUGGCUCAAUGUUCCCUCACACCGCAAGGCCGAUAUUCUGGUAGAACCUUUAUACCCUCGAUUGGGGUUGUUGGGUGGUGCGCCUGAAGCCGGCGGCAAGAUGUCUAAACUUGCUGCCCUGGCUGCGGCGCGUAAACAGAAGGAGAGCGGCCAGGCAGCCUCUACGCCGUCAACCUCGACUUCGGAUCCUCAGCAACAUGAAAAAGCCAAGGUCUCUCUGAAAGACAGGCUCGCAGCGUCUAGCAAGCCAGCCAAGCCUUCUGAAGGCCUUGCGGGGUUACAGAGCAUGCGCCGAUCGGCAAAGCCCUCGUCCCCAGCUCAGAAGCCAUCUUCGCCUGAGCCCACGAAGGUCGUCCCAGCUCCCGCCCCGGUACUCAAAGAUCAGCCCGAGGAUUUGGUCGACAACAAGGAAGAACCGCAGCAGCCCAUACAGGAGAUCCGUGCCCAACCGUCUAUGUUUGCCAGUGCCAUCAUUGGCAGUCAAACAGGGCCACAAAUGGCCGAGCCUAGCCGUCUGCAAUCGAAUCACGUUGACUUACUUCAAAUCUAUGGUUUGGACCAUGCUGAACCUUUUGACUUUGCAGAACCUAGUCCCGACGAUGUCGUGAUCAAAGCUCAAAGUACAGCUAAAGGUUUCAAGUCCAAAACGCCUGCUUCUAAGGCAGGUGGUGACAAGAAGGGCCAAGCUGGCCUUGCCGGGGACAUGAAUAACCUCUCAGUUGAGGAGAAAGUCACCGUCAAGAGCAAGAACUUGGAUGUCCUCGCAGAAUACAACAAGUCAAAACGGAAGAGAUCUGCCAAUUUUGUGGUGAUCGGGCAUGUUGAUGCCGGAAAGAGUACGUUGAUGGGGCGAUUACUGGCAGACCAGGGUGCGAUAGACCAGAGAACACUAGACAAGUAUCGCAAGGAGGCAGAAAAGAUUGGGAAAGGGUCCUUUGCCCUAGCAUGGGUGUUAGACCAGGGAUCGGAGGAGCGCGCUCGUGGUGUCACAAUUGAUAUUGCCACGAACAAAUUCGAAACGGACAACACUGCUUUCACUAUUGUUGAUGCACCAGGUCAUCGUGAUUUUGUGCCGAACAUGAUUGCUGGAGCUAGUCAAGCAGACUUUGCUGUCUUGGUCAUCGACUCUAGUACCGGCAAGUUUGAGUCUGGUCUGAAGGGCCAAACCAAGGAGCAUGCGUUAUUGGUUCGGAGCAUGGGAGUCCAGAAGAUUGUGGUUGCCGUCAAUAAAAUGGACACUGUUCAAUGGGACAAGGGCCGAUUUGACGAGAUCGAGCAACAAAUCUCAUCCUUCCUCACCACCGCGGGCUUCCAAGCGCAGUACAUUUCGUUUGUUCCAUGCUCAGGUGUAUUGGGCGACAAUAUCAGUCGACGCAGCGAAGACUCCAACGCAUCGUGGUACACUGGCCGAACACUAAUCCAAGAAUUGGAGACUUCGGAGCCAUACACACAUGCGCUUGAGAAGCCAUUGCGCAUGACCAUCGGUGAUGUCUUCCGAGGUGGCGUUCAAAACCCAAUUUCAAUUUCUGGUCGUCUGGAUUCCGGUAGCUUACAGGUUGGGGAUCAAAUCUUGACCAUGCCCAGCGGAGAGAAAGCUGUCAUUCGCAGUGUGGAGGUGGAUGAUGAUAGUAGUGAUUGGGCUGUGGCUGGCCAGAAUGUUGUACUGAAUCUCGCGAACAUUGAUCCCGUACACCUACGGUCGGGCGAUGUUGUGUGUCGCUCAUCCUCACCGAUUCCCACUGUUACAACUUUCACCGCCAAGGUUCUUGCGUUUGAGCAUUUGAUGCCUAUGCUUGUGGAUGUACAUCGUGGCCGUCUUCAUGUGCCCGGUCGGAUUAGCAAGCUGGUGGCAUCCCUGGAUAAAGGGUCCGGUGCACCUAUUAAAAAGCGACCUAAGGUUGUAGCUCCAGGUACAGUGGCUCGUGUGGUUGUUGAGAUGGACACUGCUGUACCACUUGAAGCGCCUACAAGGAUCGUUUUGCGCACGGGAGGAUCUACAGUGGCUGCCGGGUUACUGGAAUAG